UUUUUAAUGCAGAAAUGUCAGUUUCCAAAAUAAUUGAGAAACGAAGACAAUCCUUGAAAGCCGGUCUGAGACUUAGGCUGAGAAGUCGUGCAGUAAGAAACUUGCAGGAAUGCUUUGAGGAAGCGUCGCGACCCGUCAACUGUUCCCGAAAAACCAGAAGCAAAGUGCGAUUAAAAACAAAUCCAGAAAAUAAAACUAAAUCGCACGGUAUUUCAAAGGUAAAAUUUACUUUGGCUGGCGGUGCCGAAGAUUUGAGGAGAACCCGUCGCACUAUUAGACCCCCGUUGAAAUUCAUGGACCUUUCGUUCAAAAGCUACAGGCCUAAGCCUUUACCGCCACCCUCAUCGCCCGAAACGAAAAACAAGCGCCAGAAGCUUGCCAAUGUAAAACAGGAGAGGCCAGAAUCACGAGUUGUGACCCCUCGAACUCCUUUAGCCGUUGAAAACCUUUCUUAUUAUAGCUGCGUCCAUACAAUCAUCAAUAAUAAGACAUUGCCUAUUACUUGGUACUCAACACCCACACCAACUGUCGGUAAGUUUGCCAAUCCUGUCGAGGUAUUCUACACAUUGAAGGAUAUUCCCGCCCACGGUUUUACUGUGUCCUGUGGGUAUAUGGUAAUAUCUCCAGAUAUUGAAAUUCUCGAGUUUCCAAGGUCGGAAGUUACGAUGUUCAAAAUUGAAAAUGGGAAAGCGAUUGUGAAGCAGCAGCUGAAAGAAGUCCAAAUGGAGAAGUUGUUCUGCUUCUACGUUCCAUUAGGUUCGGCCUAUUACAUUAAAAAUAUUAGCUGCUCGAAACCAUUGGUGUUGUUUUUCAGCAAGCUAACAUCCCAAUAAUGACCAAUUUUAUUAAUUGAAACCCUGCUGUGUAUUUAAAUAGGUUCUUAUUUCUCUAGG